UUGUGUAAGGUACUUCUAUAUAUCAAACUAAGACGAUGGCUGCUCCAAGUGUUAAGGCGUUUCCUGCACAAUCUACUCAGGUGUACCUUUACAACCGAGCUGACCAAGAGUUGAGCAUGUAUGACAGAAAAUAUUGGCAUGGAGCUGGAAAUCUUCCGCGAAACUUCAAACCGCAGACGACAGGAUAUUUCCAGCACUCGACCUACUCCGAUGCCGAAAACCCGGUAGCCGCGGUUGUGUAUGUUGUCAAAAAAGGAAUUAUGUGGCUUGUUGCCUGGAAGAAUACAAGUGAUGAAACCAAUAAGGUCUAUAGCGAGAUUACUAAUGACUUCCAUAUUAAUUGGGAGAAAAUCAAAGAAAAACUGGAAAAUGGCUGCAACCAUGCAGAAGUGACAGCUCUAGGAUACAAAUCAACUCUUGACAUUAAGGCCAACAUUAAGCCAAACCUUAAUGCAAAACUCGAGGAAGCUACUUCUGCUUGAUCUCUUGUUAUUGUGGAUUUAAUU